AUGGUAAUCAGACCUGCUACACAUGCAGCAUCUGUCGAGUUGAUCAUGUUAUUACAAACGGAUGACGAGAAACAAAGGUUCAUACAAGAGUUAUUUCUAAAAGGUGAAUGCGGAAAACAUCAUUUUGCAAGACUCAUUUUCAUUGGCAAAAAUGGAGUAGGAAAAACUAGUUUAAUGCGAAGAUUACUGUGGAAGAAUAAGAAAGAUGUCAUUUCAACACUGAGUACAGACGGCAUUGAGGUUGAGAAAUGCAAUAUAAAUAUUAAAAAUGGAAAAUGGAGCCCAUGUGAUGAUCUAGACGAUGAUCUAACAAGAUUAAUUCACCAAGUUUAUACAGAGAAAAAUAUAAUUGAUAAACGGAUAGCUAGAGAAAAUAUUUCAGACAAAUUGCGGUUUGAAUUUACUACUGUAACAAUAGAAGCAUCAGACACAGAUGAGUUAGGAAGUUCACACGAAAAUGAUUACUUUGGCAGUUUAAACGUAGAUUUUGACAACGACAGUAUUAAAAGUGAAGAGAUGCACACUAGGAUAUCAAGCAUAAAUCAACUGAUGACCGAAAAUAUAGAUAAUAAUGUAACAGAAGAUAUCGAUUUCAAAAGAAAACAACUGAAUAACAUUAAAUUUCAAAAUGAGUAUGACAAUAACAUUAACAACAAGGCAACUGCAUCUGACCCUGUUAAUGACGCUGAUAUUAACCAACUGACUUCUACAAUAAUGAAAUCUUAUAAUCAACGUAGUGGAAAGGAACCGGAUGAUACGAUGGCGUUCUGUUGGUUGUGGGAUUUUGCCGGACAGAAGGAUUUUUAUGCCACACACCAAGUCUUCCUGUCGAAUUGUGCAGUUUUUUUGCUAGUAACAGAUAGUUUAGAAUUCAGCACUGCUGAGAAGCCAGGAAUUGAUUUUGAAGAUUCAACACAGUAUGUGAAUUUCUGGUUUGACGCCAUUCAUUGUUAUUGGUCGACUACGAAGAAAGGCCGAUUAGACCCUCCAAUAAUUGUUGUAUGUACAAAUGAAGAUAAACUCAAGGAUGAUGAUAAUGUGUUUGAAGAAAUAAGACAUUUCAUAUCACGACAAGCUAUGCAGAUGCAUGAUUGGGGUAGAGUCUGUCCAUUAAAGUGGAUUUUGUUCCAACAAGUAUUAGGAAAGCUAAAGGAGAGUGGUGUGCCAAUUUCUACAACAAAACAAUUAUUGAAAAUUGCAACGCAUGACGAUAUUGGCAUAUCCAAUAAUAAAGAAUUCAAGCUUUGUCUGCAAUACUGCCACGAUAAUGGAACAGUUAUAUACUUUGAAGAGGAGAAUUUAAAAGAUCAUGUUAUAUUGGACCCUAAAUGGCUGGUUGAUGCAUUUAGAUGUCUUGUAUCUGAUAAGAUUGAAACUAAAAUAAAACUUUCAGAUCACUGGCAAAGCCUGAUCGAAACCGGCGAAUUGACGGAUACACUGAUAACUGCUUUGUUUGAGAAAGAACCGCACUUGAAAUUUUUAGAGAACAAAAUACAUUUAUUAGAAGUAAUGAAACGUUUUGAUAUUAUUGUUAGUUUGAAGAACUCAAGUGCAUUGUACAUGCCAUGCAUGAUGACACCCUGUACUUUUGAAGAAGUAAGAAAAUAUUUUAUUGACGAAACUCAUUUUUUCUAUAGAACUAGUUGGUUGUGUUUAGAUUUUGAAUUUCUUCCUCCAGCUUUUUUCAAUCACAUUCUUGCAUGGUACAUUAAGCAAUAUUAUGUGAGUGCUAUAACAGAAAAGGGAACACGUAACGAAAGAAAAACAUUGUAUCGUCAGAUUGGUGUCUUUAAUUUAGAUUCGUCCGGAUGCGAACAAUUAGUAGUUUGUGAAGGACCUAAUGUCAUAGCCCUUCAGAUUUGGAAUUCACGGAUAUCUGACCAAGCGUAUGUUGAUUUCAAAACAAAGUUAUGUCAAUUUGUUGAUACAUUACGUAAUCGUUACAAACUAAAACUAACAUUUACAAUAGCGUUUAAGUGUAAUGAUGGGGAUUUUACAACCAAUCGACAGAAGAUGAAUAUUUUAGAAACUGCAGUUUACCGUUGCUUUGAGCAUAAAACAAAUCACAUAUCGGAAGAUUUAGUAAAGCCUUGGUAUGUCGAUGAAGAAAUACGGUAA